AUGGCCUUCACAAUGCACUCGCACUCGGGCGAGUUCUGCCCGGGCCACGCCGUCGACCAGCUCGAGGCCAUCAUCCAGCAUGCCAUAUCCAUUGGCUUCAAGACCAUGGGGCUGAGCGAGCACAUGCCGCGGUACGAGGAGCGGGACCUGUAUCCCGAGGAGCUCGACGACCCGCAAGCCAGCCUCGCCGUGCUCCCCCCGCGGCACGACGCAUACCUCGUCGAGGCCCAGCGCCUGCAGGCCAAGUACGCGGCGCAGAUCUCCGUCCUCAUCGGCUUCGAGGCCGAGUUCAUCCGGCCCUCGUACGCGCCCGCCGUGCUCCGCCUCGCCACCGACCCGCGCGUCGACUACUUCAUCGGCUCGCUGCACCACGUCCACGGCCACCCCAUCGACUACGGCCCCGCCGCGUACGCCGCCGCGCGCGCCGCCUCCUCGGACCCGGCCCGCGGCGAGGAGAGCCUCUGGGAGGACUACUACGACCAGCAGCGCGACAUGCUGCUCGCGCUGCGGCCGCGCGUCGUGGGCCACUUUGACCUCGUGCGGCUGCUCGCUGAGGAUCCGGCGCGCGAUGUGCGUGCUUGGAAGGGCGUGUGGGAGCGCGUGGUGCGGAAUCUGAAGAUUGUGAGGGAGCAGGGCGGCUGGCUGGAGUGCAAUACGGCGGCUCUGCGCAAGGGGCUUGCCGAGCCGUAUCCUUGCCGCGCCAUUGCCGAGGAAUGGCUCAAGAUGGGCGGCAAGUUCACCAUGUCCGAUGACAGCCACGGCAUUGCCCACGUCGCCACAAACUACGCCCGCGGCGCGGCCUACCUCGAGAGCCUCGGCGUCGAGCACGUCUGGACCUUUCGCCGGCGGCCGCAACCGGCCCUCGGCGGCGACGCCGGUGGUAAGGGCACAGGAACCCACACGCUCGACGAGACGGCCGUGCCGCUGCGCGAGUUUACGCAGCUCUUCAAGUAG